GAAUUACAAAAACAACAAGAGCACACAAAGUGUGAAUCAACGAGAUAUACGUACGAAGCAAAGAGGGGAGGAUACAACAUGGGGAAGAAAAACAGCAAGCUCAGGCAGGACACUAUCGACCGGCUGACUACGGCCACCUACUUCACCGAGAAGGAAAUUCGACAAUGGCACAAGGGUUUUCUCAAAGACUGCCCGGAUGGAUUACUCACGGAACAGGGAUUCAUUAAGAUCUACAAGCAGUUCUUUCCGUACGGCGAUCCUUCGAAGUUUGCCUCGCUGGUUUUUCGAGUUUUCGACGAAAACAACGACGGCUCGAUAGAGUUCGAAGAGUUCAUCAGGGCGCUCUCCGUGACAUCGAGAGGAAACUUGGACGAAAAGUUACAUUGGGCCUUUCGGCUUUACGACGUCGACAACGACGGCUUCAUAACGAGAGAGGAGAUGUACAACAUCGUGGACGCCAUCUACCAGAUGGUGGGCCAGACCCCGCAGGCGGAGGACGAGAACACGCCGCAGAAGAGGGUCGACAAGAUAUUCGACCAGAUGGACAAGAACCACGACGACAAGUUGACCCUCGAGGAGUUUCGGGAGGGCAGCAAAGCCGACCCUCGGAUCGUCCAAGCGCUGACCCUCGGCGGACCGCCCAUAGACGGCUGACUCGACUCCCAACCCGCCACGAAGCCCCGGCAGCAAGUUAUAACUACCACCGCACCCGUUGCCGAUAGUUCCGUUUUUGACGUCGCAGCCGGCUAGGUAUAUACAUAUUAUAUAUGCUCGACUCGCAGCAGCUGCCAGGGAAGAUUGGUACCUUGUUAGCGCGAAGGUGUACGUCGGGUCUGCGCGCGAGAGCAGCAGUUUCGAAUUUGUCCCCUAUACGUGUACACAAUUGGUAGAGAUGAGCCGCGCUUGGCAUUUGAUGCUGAAGAUUGAAUGCGGGA